GCGUGUGUGUGUAGUUUUGGGUGUCCUCUUCGCCGCUCUCGAUCUCUCUGGACUGAACUGUACGAGAACAUGAGUGACGGGACUUUCUGACAACACUCCUCAUGCUGAAUGUUCACACCACAGACUGAUGGCAUCAGCACCUCAGGGGACAUCAUAAAGACAGACAGACACGACAACACAUAUCAUACAGUGGCAGAUUCCUCGGUGGCAGUGCCGGUGUCGUGUGCGGCCUUGUUUCCCAUGGACCUCAGGGUGGGAGAACGGGGGAUGCGCCCUGGUUCGGACACGGCGCUCCUCACCCCGCUGCACCCGCCGUUACUCCUCUCCCCAUUCUCCCCUCAGCCCCGCACCUCCUUCUCCCAACAGCAACUGCACCAGCACAUCCGGUUUAAUAUGGAGCAGAGGAGGCGGGAACAGGAACACCACGAGAAACAUCAUGAAUUGCAGCAGCUAAAACACAAAGACAAGAGUCAACAGAGUGCGGUGGCCAGUUCCCUGGUGAAACAGAAACUUCAGGAGGUGAUUCUGAAGAAGCAAAAACAGGCAGCACUGGAAAGAACAAACUCCAACACUCUGAGUGCAACACCUGUAGCAUACAGAAAGCUGGGCCCAGACCCUAGUGUUUCCUCCCAGAAUCUGGUCUCGUCUCCAUCGCAGUCUGCUUCUGAGGGGUCAGAAGGGACGCCGCUACGCAGGGCAGCGUCUGAGCCCAAUCUGAAGGUGAAACACAAACUGAAGAAACAUCUAAACACCCGAAAGAGCCCGCUCACCCGCAAAGAGAGCGCCCCGCCCACAAUCAGACACAGAGUACCUGACACACUGGACUCGUCCCCCAGCAGCAGUAGUACUCCAGUCUCUGGCUGUAGUUCUCCUAAUGACAGUCUGCCCAGUGAGAAUGGGCUACUGCCAUCUGCAGGCGGCCUUUCACAUGAGGCACAGAAGCUGCUGCUCAGAGAUGGCACUCUAGCUAAUUUCACCAUCCAGAGUCCUUCCACUUUGCCCACCAUCACACUGGGGCUACCGGCCAAUGCCAGGGCUGAUGGAGAGCUGUCCUCUCUGAAGGUCGGCCAGAUGCCCAUGGUUACAGCCGGGGGCUCACCGGUCUUCCUCCCCCUGAGCAGAGAGGAUCAAGCUGGGCAGCUACACCCUCACCUGCCUGUUAUCAUCCUCGAACCCUCUGGACUGGUACACGGUCCACUACUCACUGUUCCAGGCCUCGACUCCGUCUCACUGCAGUUCGCCCCUCAGUUAGACCACCUGUCUCCAGGAAGCACUCAACCCCACAAGCCACUGAGCAGAACACGCUCGGAGCCCCUCCCUCAGAGCCCCCGGACCCUUCACGCACAUCUCCUGCAACAACAGCACAACACACAGCUACUAGAGAGGCUCAAACAGCAGACGCAUCUGGGAAAGCUAAUGUGCAAGUCUGAGAAGCCCAGACUGCAUCAGAUCCCCUCUGAGGAUAUGGACUCAGAAGAUGGUGGCUGUUCAUCGCCAACAGAGCCAGCCUAUCAGAGCAGAGUGAGGUCAGAGUCUCUGAGGGAAGCAGAGCCAACAGCAUCCAAGAGCCAUGAAGAGCAAAUCAACCUGCAACAUGCACUCAUACUCAACCAGUCAUUGCUAUGGGAACAGCAGAAGCAGCUGCAGCAGCUGCAUCGACAGAUGGAGACCCUGGCAGUGCCCAUGUUACGCAGCAGCGGAAGUGGCGGAGUUGGUGGCAGUUUGGGUGUCCAUCGCCCCUUGUCACGUACGCAGUCGUCCCCAGCUUCAACAUCUCUCACUCUGCCUGAGAAACCCCUCAGUCUGCCGGGACAGGAUACCAGCAGCAAACCACGCUUCACUACUGGGCUGGUGUAUGAUUCUCAGAUGCUGAAGCACCAGUGCACAUGUGGAGACAACAGCAGUCACCCAGAGCAUGCUGGGAGGAUACAGAGCAUCUGGUCCAGACUACAGGAGAGAGGCCUGAGGGGGCAGUGCGAGAGUAUUCGUGGUCGUAAAGCCACACUGGAAGAGCUACAAUCAGUCCACACAGAACGCCAUGUGUUGCUUUACGGCACCAACCCUCUCAACAGACUCAAACUGGAUAACCGCAAACUGGCCGGAAUCCUCUCUCAAAGGAUGUUUGUGAUGUUACCAUGCGGGGGUGUUGGGGUUGAUAAUGACACCAUCUGGAAUGAGUCGCACACCUCUACAGCGUCACGCAUGGCAGCAGGCAGUGUCGUAGAGCUGGCUGUCAGAGUGGCCAAGGGUGAACUAAAGAAUGGCUUUGCUGUGGUCAGACCACCAGGGCACCAUGCAGACCCCUCCAAUCCAAUGGGUUUCUGUUACUUCAAUUCAGUGGCCAUAGCUGCCAAGCAGCUCCAACACAAGCUCAGCGUCAGCAAGAUCCUCAUUGUUGACUGGGAUGUCCACCAUGGUAACGGAACCCAGGACAUUUUCUACAGUGAUCCCAGCAUUCUCUACAUCUCGCUUCAUCGCUAUGACGACGGGAACUUCUUCCCUGGCAGUGGGUCACCGGCUGAGGUGGGUUCUGGAGCAGGCGAGGGUUUCAAUGUGAAUGUGGCAUGGACAGGAGGACUGGACCCACCCAUGGGAGAUGCAGAGUACCUCGCUGCAUUCAGGACUGUGGUGAUGCCCAUCGCUCAGGAGUUCUCCCCGGACGUCGUUCUGGUGUCGGCUGGUUUUGAUGCUGCCGAGGGCAACCCCGCUCCUCUGGGAGGGUACAAGGUCUCCGCCAAAUGUUUCAGCUUCCUGACCCACCAGCUGAUGUCUCUAGCAGGGGGUCGUGUGGUUUUGUCCCUUGAGGGAGGUCAUGACCUCACAGCUAUCUGUGACGCAUCCGAAGCUUGUGUCAGUUCACUCCUUGGCAAUCAGGACCCACUGCCAGAGGAAGUCCUGCUCCAGAAGCCUAAUGCUAAUGCAGUCCGCUCCCUGCAGACUGUCAUACAGAUACAAAGUCAGUACUGGCAGAGUGUGAAGGCUUACAGUGGAUCAGUGGGUCUGUCCUUCCUGGCUGCUCAGAGAAGAGACUGCGAGGAAACAGACGCUGUCAAUGCUCUGGCCUCACUCUCUGUGGGAGUUCUUUCCAGCAAGAGCCUUCCUGCUGAGCCGAUGGAGCAUGACAGUGACUCCAUGUAGAAGAAUCUGACCGAUCACCUCACGGAACUCACUUUCAGGAAUUUGGCCCAACCUGUAGCCUUGGAUCUCCUGCGCUGUCAACGACCAU